UAAGCUACAAUUAUUUUCUAUUUUUUCUUCUCUUUUAUUUUGCAAUUAUUAUUUUAUAUUCUAUUUAUUUGACGAUGAAUUUUCUUGCUUUAUGUUUAAGACUUCCAAGGCAAUAUAGCUACACUAAAUAUUACUAAUAUUUAUUUAGCUACAGGUACAGCUCAAUUGCGUGAAAAUAGCAUUUUUCAUGUAAAUUAUCUGGGGUUGUAAAACAAGACUUCAUCAAAAAGGUACUACGGAAGUUGCAAAUUUAACCGCUGACGCAGAGACUAACACCGAGAUCAUAGUUACCAUCGAACGUGCAAUUAACACCGACUGUGUUGCAACAAUUACAACUGACGAUAAGACGACUAAUACUCCCAGCAACAUGAUGAAUACAAUUGACAACGAAGUUAAAACCCCUGAAGAUAAGAAGACAAACACCGCCAUCAAGGCGAUGAACACUACUGACACCGGAGGUAAUACCUCCGAAGAUAAGAUGACAAACGCCGCCGUCAAGGCGAUGAACACUACUGACAUCGGUGGUAAUACCUCCGAAGAUAAGAAGCCAAACACCGCCAUCGACACGAUAAAAACAACUGACACCCCAACCAAUGGCUGUAAUAGUGUCACUAAAGACGCAGCGGUUAAUACCGAUAAUAUAUAUUGUGCUAACUGCAAGUGUAUUGUAAGUGUUACAGUUGCAAGCACGAGCAAGUCCGAUAAUACUGUGGUCGCAUCACAGAACACUAAAGAUAAAGCUAAUGAUACAACUACCAGCCCUAAUACAAAUAGUUCUACAGAAAGCUUUGAUUUUAAUGAUGAGGAUAUGUUUGACGACAACGCGGUUGUAGCAAGUUGCUCCAAAACAAAUAAAGAAGAACAGCCUGCGCACUCAUCCACCGAUCAUCCCAAUGAAAAUGAUCAUGAACGAUAUAACACAGAAAAACCUAAACAUUGUACGGACCAUGCUGGACCCUACUCACCUGAUUGUGAAAAAUGUCGUUGGCGUCUUUACAACGACGAUGAUAGUGAUUCUGACGAUGACGAACCUAAUGGAAUUCAUGGAAUAAUGCGACAAAUUCUACACGAUCCGACUUAUGACGUCGACUACCCUGAUCUCCCCCCGCACGAACCUCAACAUUUCAACAUGAAUAGAUAUCAGAGAGCACAGGCCCUGGAACGAUACUUAAGGGCCCUAUUAGAAAUUGUUCGAAACGAUUAUUGUUCCGAAAGCGACAGAGAUGAUGUUGGUAGUAGAACGCUUUAAGUUUACACAUAAUAUUGUUCAAUACACUGUUGAAAGUAGUUACUAGAGAGUGUCGAAGAUGACGUUUAUAGAAAAGUUUGUAGUAGUAGGAAGUAGAAUGAAGCUUAUUGUAAACAAAGCAGUGCUUUGGCGUCUUGCAGUACUCGUAGGUCGUAGGAGCCUUAUGUAAGAUUGAUUGUCUUCAUUUAUAGAAGUAGUUUUAUGAUCUCAAAGUUAUUAAAUUAUAUUUCAAAUGAUCUUCGAUAUGAAUUGUGUAAAAUGUCAAAUAUUUUAAAUUAUAUGUGUAUAUUGAUUAAAUGUUUAAAAAAAUAUUCAGUAGAAUUUAGUCAGUUAUGAAAAAAAAAGUCAGUAGGAUGUAGUUGUUUGAUCUCAUUCCCGUUUAAUCCUUAAUAUAUUAUGAAUGUGUCAAAUAAAAUAUUAUAAUACAACAAAAAUACUGUUUUAUUAGGUAAGUAAUAAACACCUGUUUUGAGUAACGCCUGAAACCUAUAAAGAAAGAAAAUUCAUCGUCGAGUAUGUGCGAUAUCUGUGUAUAUAUUAAAAUAUAUAGACAGUUAUCGUUAUAAACGAAAAGGCCAAACUGGAAAGCGGGUAACACUAAUCGCACUGUAAUUUACAAAGAUGUGCUUCAAGUGUGAUUCGCUUCCAACAUCGACGGCCACAAGCAUCUUUGAUAGAGUUAGGUAAUAAAAAAGGUUAUUC